CCUGUCUCACUACCCGAGUCAUGAAAAGAUACGUGAGGACGGAAUGUUCCUGAUAGUACAGGCUCUAAACCAGCAACAUAACAAACGAAUAAUGCCUUUAGGAUGACACCGCAGCCCAUGGAUACUGCUCUCACGUCGCAAUGUCGUCGCCACAGCACUCAUUCCCGGACCCGGACCGGGCUGGCGCACUCGAGCAGCGGCGUUCGCAGUUUACAUAUCGAAACCUCAGCCAGAUGGCCUCAUACAACACCUCCUGCCCGCUCAGAGUGAUCACUCAUAUAGACCUAGAUUGCUUCUACGCCCAGGCCGAGAUGGUUCGUCUAGGUGUACCUGAGGAUCAGCCUCUUGCCGUACAGCAAUGGCAAGGCUUGAUUGCCGUCAACUAUCCCGCCCGUGCCUACGGCAUCGGUCGUAUGUGCACUGUGGCGGAAGCAAAGAAACUAUGCCCCAACCUCAUCCACCAGCAUGUUGCGACCUGGCGAGAGGGUGAUGACAAGUGGGCUUAUCGACCGGAUGCUGCUGAGAAUAUCGCAACCGACAAGGUUUCACUAGAUCCGUAUCGGCUCGAGUCCCGACGGAUCCUGCGCGUCAUCAAGGACCAACUCCCUCCGCACCUGCAGAAAGUGGAGAAGGCCAGUAUCGAUGAGGUGUUUCUUGACUUAUCCGCCCACGUCCAUGCCGUCCUCCUCGAACGCUUCCCCGAGCUAGCCAGUCCUCCUCCCAGUGGUGACCCAUCCGAACCGCUCCCCAUACCCCCCCUUUCGGCACUGGACUGGCAAGCCGACGCGCUUGUGGACUUGGAUGAUGAGCAUGCCGAAUUCGACGACCCCGAUUGGGAUGACGUGGCCUUCCUCCUCGCGUCCGAGAUUGUGCGCAAUAUCCGGGCAGCAAUCAGAGAGAAGCUCCGGUACACAUGCGCGGCCGGGAUCGCCAGGAACAAGCUGCUUAGCAAGCUUGGUUCGGCGCAUAAGAAACCCAAUCAACAGACAGUGAUCCGGAAUCGCGCAAUACGCCACUUUCUGUCGGGUUUCAAGUUCACCAAGUUCCGAAACUUGGGGGGCAAGCUGGGUGAGCAGAUCCGGCUGGCCUUCAACACAGACUCGGUCCAAGAGCUCCUCGGGGUCUCCGUGGAGCAGUUCAAACUGAAGCUUGGAGAUGAUACGGGCGUGUGGGUUUACAAUACGCUGCGCGGAAUCGACACGAGCGAGGUGAAUCCGCGUACCCAGAUCAAGUCGAUGCUCUCGGCCAAAUCCUUCCGGCCUAGUAUCAACACCACUGAGCAGGCGACGAGGUGGCUCAAGAUCUUCGUCGCCGAUAUCUUCUCUCGACUGGUCGAGGAAGGCGUUCUGGAGAACAAAAGACGCCCCAAGACCAUCAACCUCCACCACCGCCACGGCAAUCUGACCCGUUCACGCCAGAGCCCGAUCCCUCAGGGCCGUUCCCUGGAUGAGCAGACAUUGUUUGGGCUCGCCAAGACCCUGCUCAACCAGGUUGUUCAAGAGGGCAAUGUUUGGCCUUGCUCCAAUCUCAGCUUGAGCGUCGGUGGCUUUGAAGACGGCAUCUCGGGGAACAUGGGAAUUGGCGCCUUCUUAUUGAAGGGCGAAGAGGCAGAAGCAUUCGCCCCUGGCCGUCGGGCACGGGCAGAAGUGGAAGCCGGCAACGAACCCCACUCGGAGAAGCGGCGGCGCAUGGAAGAUGGCGGGAUCCAGCGUUUUCUGACGAAGACGAAGGCGUCUCCGUCCUUGGGCUCCGACGAGGCUGCCGUCGAGGACGAUGGCGGUGAAGAAGCGUUGGGUAUCCGAGAACCCAAGGCCGUGCCGGAUCCGGCCGGUGAUCUGAGUGGCUUACCCAGACCGGAUGAGAGGCGGCCUGCGGUCCAGUCCAAUGAUCUGGCAGGCGCGCACCCCUGCUCCCGGUGCAGCGCGUGUCUGGAGACCCCGGAGGCACUCCAAAGCCACCAGGACUGGCACUUUGCCAAAGACCUCCAGGAGCAAGAACGUGUCACGCUGGCAUUUGGCAGCCGGCCAUCUGCCGUUGCAGCAAACCAACCAUCCGGCGGCCGGCACGCAGGACCUGCAUCGUCCAAGGGGCCCGGGAGGCCGCGCAAGAUGGAGCGAGGGCAAAAGAAGCUGAACUUCGGCUAGCGAAGCGCAUACAUCGAACCUGAGUCUGCAGUAGGAUAUGCAGAGAAGAGUCUACCCGUAACGCAGUGCAUUCUGUUUCGAUCCUGCCUUACAGGAUGCCUGCUUCCGUUUCAGCAAGACGGGCUAUCAGCAGCCGCGAGUCGCGAGUGCCUCUGGCAAUGUGAAGUUGGAAGAUUUGAGAAAUCAGCUUCAUUUAGGUCGCAACUACUCCGUACAUCGGCAGGCCAAAUGUCGAUGGCCAUCCAAAGUUCCGGU